CCCGAUCUUGUCCGAGUAUCUCCGAGAAUUCUUUCGAGUGGAAUCGUCAUCAGUUAGCCGAAGUGAAAGUCAACAUGGCGGCAAUUUCGGAUGCUAAAGGAAGACUUCAUUGUUAAUUUUAACAGGUGAUUUAAAAUGUUAUGCCUGAAACAUAUCGAAGGAAGAACUUAUGACCCGUCACUCCAGCCAGAAAAAGUUUUGCUCAAGCCAACAGUUACACGUUUUGGUCGUUGCAAUGAAAGCUCAGAUGUUGUUAUCGAUAGUUCAAUCUCUCCCCUGAUGAUAAGUCGUUUACACGCCGAAAUUCGUUUCGUUGAUGGAAAAUAUAGAAUUGAUUGCAAAGGAAUGAACGGAAUGAUUGUAAAUCAAAAGAAGCGGAGUUCAGUUGUGCUUUGCGAAGGAGAUGAGGUUGUUUUCGGUGGCAUCGGUGUUAGGAAAAAAGUUAAAGAAGGACAGAUAGUGCGGUCUUAUGAUUCAGAGCUGGUAUAUGUUUUUCUGGAGGUACGUCCCAGCAGCUCUGAAGAGCCAGAUUCUCUUGGUGAAGGCACUAGUGAUGGUAAAGUACGCCGUCGAAGCAAACGAAAACAGCCUGUAUCGACAAGUGAAGAGUUAUUAUUAAGGUACAAAGUGUGAAGCGCAGUUGAUUACUUUCCCCUCUACUGUGGAAAUGGGACACUUCCCCCCCUUUCCUUUUCUUUUUCUCUUAAGCUACUGACCCUCCUUACAAGGUUAUAUGAUAUAGAAAUAAAAAUUGUCUUGAAUAAGGUUUCGUCUUUCAGAUAAACGCAUUUUGGUAUAUUAACAACUUAGACUGGAACUGAAAUUAAGGUGGCUCGAUAGGGUUUUUCAGGGUCGAUAUGUCCCCAGUUUGAUCAAAGUGCCAAGAAAAUGGCUGCAAGUGAAAUAGGUAAUGGAAUCAUUUCAUUGCUAUGACAACUCCAAUGUCCAUGACAAAUUUUCAUCUUCAUCUAAUACAUCCGUGGUGGUAAUUUCUCCAAAUCUUUGUUGACAGUGACAUAGGGACUACAUGUAUUGACCCUGAAAAACCCUACCGAGCCACGUAUUAACAAAGGUCCUACGCGUGCCACCUGAGACUGUACGAGUUCCCCACUCACAGGUCAUCAACCAAAACUUUACAGAAGUGCACAGACACCCCCCCACCCCAGACCUUCAGUGAGAAGGCAUCUUCUCCUUAUUCAGUGAGAAAAUUCCUUCAGUUUUCUUUAAUCUUUUAGUGACCUCCCAGCGGAUAAGAACAAAAAGUCCAAGAAAAGAGGUAAAGAGGUGAGAAAAUGCAAACUUGUUAUCAAAACACACCCAAUGACAGCUAUGGGUCAUAUUGCUUUGCACUGGUUACACACUUAUGGACCUGAAAAUUUGUAGGGAUAUAAAGCUUUUCAAAACUAACAGAUGUCACUACCAGUGAUUGUUACGUCCCUGUGUCAUUGCUUUUCUUACUGGAUCAUUAGAACUCAUGGAUCAUAGAAAAUCUACUUUUGAAUCUCCUGUGGUCUUCUAUUUUCGUGAAAAGUGGCUUGUAUUUUCAAUUAUUCAAAUUUAUUUUUUGCAAAUUUAUGGUGUGAAUUUUUCAUGCACUUCAUGUUUGACAGCUGUAAAGUAAUAUAGGAUGCACAAUACAGGGCCGUAGCUAAGUUUUUUGUAAUGGGGGGGGGGUAUUAUUAUGAAAGUGCUGAAGGCAUGAGCCUUGCAGGGGGGUCCGGGGGUAUCUUCCCCCAGAAAAGGCUCAAAUUUGGAGGCUAUGAAAUGGUAUUUUCAACGCUCUUCAUAAGAUAUGUCUCCCAAAAAUUGACCUCAAAUAACUGUGAAAAGGCAGGCAUUUUCAGUGCUUACAAGAGCUUAUUUCCCAGGUCCUGUUAAUUUGAAACACACUGUAUACCCAAGCACUAGUACACUAAACAUUUCACAAUACUGCAUGAUGGUUGGUUAACUAACCUUGUGCUUACUAUUUGCACACACCAUGGGCCAACCACUUUCUCUGCCAUGAAAGUGGCAAACAAUUGCAAGUCACUACAUUUAAAAUAACCAAGUCCAAAGCAAACAAAUCCAUCCACAGACUUGAUUUGUCUGGCUCAACAGGUCCAUGGGGGGGGUAAAACGCUUUUUUAAUACUUUCUUCCCCCUGCCCCCUCUCAAAAAAUCGGAGAAAAUGCAUUUGGUGUGCACUUUCUGUUACGGCUAUGCAAUAGCUAUUUUGAAGAGGGCACCCAACUUUCUUUCGAGUAGUGACCUAUUUUUUGCAAAACCCAAUUAAGCAAUUUUAAAAAAGGUUUAGUGUUUCACACUCUUUGAAUUUUUUCAUAAUUAAAAACACAGGUUUCAAAAGAUCAGGAUGUAGAAUGUGAAAGAGAUAGUCACAAAGAAACCAGGGAUAAUGAAAAAGGUACUUUUCAAGAGAAUAUCUUAUGUAUGUAAUGCUAAAGAGAGAUAAUAAAAUAAGAACUUAAAAGAUUAUUUCUUAAGAAGUACCUAAGAAGUUGAAUACCUUUGAUAUAAAUUAUUGAAAGUUUUUUUAGUAGGGAAGGCUAGGUAUUGUGGUAAAUGUAUUGGGAUCACCACAAAAAAUACUACUGAUAAGAGACAGAUAAACUGCAAAUUCAAAGAUAUGCAUGACAGUUGAUCUUAGUUAGCAUUAGGAGGUCACAACUGUGAGAACUUUUGUCCUUUUGGGGUGACAGAGGAUGCCAUUGUUCCACUUGGCCUGAAAAAUGUUCAGGAAUGUGACUACGUGAGUUCUCCUUUUUGCAUUGACAAACUAAGAAUAUGACCCAAGUUGUUAACAUUUGUUGACAAAAUCAACUGUUAUCCAAAUUUUUGAAUUUGUGGUCUUUUUGUUUUGGUAGUAUUGAAUUAAUAAAGGUCCUGUCAGUGUCCUGUUGUAUAACUGUUAGGCCCCAAUUGAUUGUGCUAGCAUAAUUUUUGCCAUCAUUUGGAAAAGUGGGGGUGAUUUUUGCACUACUAGACUACUAGUAGCACUACUAGACAUAUUUUUAGGAUUUUUAGAGGGAACAUUACCAAAGACAUGGCUUGCUUGCUGUCAGAGAGUGAUUGUUUUUAAGUUCUGUCCAUGGUUUAGUCUAUGUUCUUAUGGGAUCUUGUGUAAUUUGUGCACCCCUUGAUUGAGUCUCAGUCAACGCUAUUGGCUGAUACUCGAUCAAUAUGUUGGCGGACUCUCGGUUGCCAUAUCGGUCCACAUAUCGGCUGACUCCUGGUCAAUCUCUUGGCUGACAUUGGCUGUCCGACUCUUGGUUGACAUGUUGGCCUAUAGGUCGAGCGAUAGCCAACUGAGAGUUGGCUGAUGUGUCGACCAACAGAUCAGCCGAUUGUGUUGGUCGUUAUGUUGACCAAUAGUCAGGCGACAUAUCGAUCAAUAGGCUACCGACAUUCAGCCAAUACUUCACUGAUACGGUAUAAUAUUAUUUUGUGUCUUCUCAAAUUUUUGUUCUGUCCAUGGUUUAGUCUAUGUUCUUAUGGGAUCUUGUGUAAUUUGUGCACCUCUCAGUUGAGUAUCGGUCAAUGCUAUCGGCCGAUACUUGAUCGACAUGUUGGCUGAAAUGACUGCUGACUCUUGGUCGCCAUAUCGGCCGACUCCCAGUUGACUCGGCUGACUUUGGUUGGCUGACUCUCUGUCGACAUGUUGGUAGACGGACAUAUCAGUGGAUUGUGUUUUUUAAUUAUUAUUUCAUUUAUUCCAAAGUAGAACAAUUACAGUAAUUAUCACAAAGCAUACAUGCACACACGGACUACACACCUAAGCACACAUGCAAUUCUACAAUCACUACAUGAUUGUGUUGGUCGGUAUGUUGACCGAUAGUCGGCAGACAUUGAUAGGUUACUGACAUUCAGCCGAUACUCUACUGGUCCCAGCUGUUCGAACGCCGGUUAGCGCUAACCGGGGGUUAAAUUUUAACCCGUGUUUGUUCUUCUUUUAAUCAAGCCUUUUAAUUAAGCUUUCUCUCAAAUGAUUCUCUCUAUUCUUUUUAGAGUAUCCAAUCAUCAAAUUGUAGGCAAAGUGAAUUAAACUGGAUUCACUUUUUAAGCUCUCAUAUUUGAGUUCAAACUUUGCACUAACCCUGGGUUAUUUUAACCCAGCUUUGAACAACCCGGCCCUGAUACUUAGUCGAUGAUAUAUUUUGUGUCUACUCAAAUUGUAGUUGUUGUGGUGUGCAUGAAGCAAUUUUUAAGGGGCUUUGGCGGAUUUUACUAGUUUGAUAUUUUUGUUUUUUGGAAAAAAUGGGGACUGCUAUGGCAUCACAUUUAAGAGGUAUUCAAGGACAAUGUAACAUUAAAAAAUGCGUAGAACCAUGGCAGAAAUCCGACAAACUGACUCAGUGAGGCUGAUGUGGGAUGACAUGAACAACAGAGCAGAAACUAUUUUCAAACCUCCGACCGCGAUAUCUUAUGCAUAACACUGAACCCCAGCUCCCUUGUCCUAAUUUUAAAACACAAUCGACUGAUAUGCCAGCCAGGUGUCAGCCGGCAUACUGGCCAUGUAUAGGCCGACAUAUUGGUCGACAUGUUGGCCGACACUUGGUCAGGUGUUGAUCGACAUAUUGAUCAACAUGUUGACCAACAGUCGACCAAUAUGGCGAUUGCGUGGUAACUGAUACUCGGCUGACAUAUAAAGAUAUCAGCCAAUAGUGCCAUAUCAGUGUCGAUAAUCGACCGAGAGGUGCACAAAUGACACAAGAUCCUUCUUAUGUCUGGGGGAGGAGGGAGGUUACCACAACACUGAGGAGGUAAAGAUUGCAUUGUUCUCAGUUCCUGCUUUCACUAGCAGCAAAUUGAUGGCGUCAAGCAACUUGUAGAUACAAGAAGAAUAGUUGUUUGACAGGCUGGAACUUGCUCAAAUUGUAAGAGAUCGGAGCCUAAGGCAAACCAAAGGCAAAUAGAAGGCCAAGGGGCCAUUUGACGUGAGAAAAGUCCCAUUAUAAUUUAUGAUCUCAUAUUUUAAGAAAAAGAGGCAUAAUUUUUCAAAAGGAGCUCAAUUAUUAUGAGCACAGUUCACUAAAAAUCAAGCUCUGAUAGCUAAUGGCAUAAUAAUAAGCUGCCUUUACUAGCACUGCAGUCAAUAAUGUCCUACACUGUGUUUACUAUUUUACAACAUUAUCAUCAUCUUUCUUUGGCUUUUUUAAUUUUAAUAGGAAUGGUUAGUGGCCUAAAAUUACACCAGCUGCCUUAGAAAAUUAAUAUCUGCUAAACAUUUUUCCUUGAGCUUUACUUUUCUGUGAUUUUUGUUUUGUUUUAAUUUUUGUUUUUGAUUUUCCCUUGAAAUUAAAAUAUGUUAUUUUUUUGUGGAAAUUUAGAUGGGAGAUCCAAAAAAUACCUGGCAGAUCUGAAUGAGGAGCUGUUAUGUUGUAUCUGCCGUGAACUGAUGGUCUUAUCUCACGCACUGCCAUGCUCACACACCUUUUGUUACAGCUGCAUCAGGGACUGGCUUAGGUAAAUAUUACAUUUGAAAUAUUUUUUAGUAUUUCUCUUGUGUUGUUUUUCAUCAUCUUCUCGAGGUAAAUGAGUAUGUUAAUUUUGAAACUUUCAGAUAUUAUUUCUAUAUUAUUGUCAAGUAUUUCCAAAAUUAUUUUAUUUUAUCUACUUAAAAAGUUAAUAACAACAGAAAACAUUUUGAGAAUUAUAAUCUAAAAUAUCACAUUCAUGUGUUUAGUCAUUCAGGUGACUGUCCAAACUGUAGAGCAAGCACUCAGUUGAAAUUAGCAGUGCCAGUCAAGGUAAUGUUGUCAAAUAAAUUUGUUAUUCCUGUAUCCCUCUGUUAGUCAAAGAAACAGCUCUCUCUUUUGUGACAUUAAAUUGUUUUGAGGUAUUCCUAGUGCAUACAUGUACAGUAGGCUUGGGACAAGCCCUGUUAGUUCCCUAUCCAUUGUGCAUGACUGCAGUCACUCUCCACUUUCAUCAUGUUUGCCCCUGCUCGCCUGAAAAACACGGCCACAUAAAUUGAUGACUGUGUUUAAUAUUAUUUAAAACCACACCGUUUAAAGUCCUUUUGAAAGGGUUGAUUCAGCAGCAUCACUGUCUUCUAACGCCCCCCUGCUCCAAUCAACAAUUUAUAAGAAUCGCUGUGUAUGUUCCAUUAGCUGACUUUCUUUGGUGCAGGCUUCAAAUUUACUGUUUUUACAGGGUUCAAAAUAAAAUCACAGCUUUUAGCCUCUGUGGGCUUUUUAUGUCAAGGCUUAUUUUCUCCCAGCUGUCAAUAAUGAAUGAGCAUAUCCUGUCAAUAGUCAACAUUGUGAUUUGUGACAGUAGAUAAAGGAAUAGUUAAAUGUUCAAUGUCCAGGAAACAAUGUCAAUGCAAUAUUAUUAUUCAUGAAAACAUGUUCAUAGAACUGACAUUUGGGAAAUCAAUAUCAAUAAUUAUCGGUAUCACCAAUUUGAAAGGUAACCAUGUUUGGAUCACAUACUUAGAUGAAAACUGAUUGCCAGAAAUACAUAAAUUAGUUCUUAUCUAAGUUUUUUUUCAAGAAAGAAGACUGUGAUGUGUGCUGGAAUCUCUCCUUGCUGUAGACAUUCUGAUAAUCAAUAAUCAUUAGAUAAAGCUGAUAAAAGUAAAAACAGUUUACAAGUUUGUAUUUAGGACUGGAGCAAAGUUAUUACUAUAAUAUAUUAAUUCAUUCGCCUGAAGCAGAAUCGCUUCUCAAAAUUCCAUUAUCAAACGGUUCAUCACUCCAUUCUUCUGCUUCAGAAUUAGUCAUUCGCUGUGAACAUGAGAUCUCUUUUUCAACUUUAGUGGCACACUUUGAAUUUCCAAGCCUUCUUUUACUCAUUUUAAAACAUUCCUUGGCUGCUUUGUUGUGUGUUAUGAAAUAUUUACACCAACAUUACAGCAAUUUCAAUUUCAGUUGGCUGAUCAAAGCAUGACAUUAUCUAUUUCCUUGGUAAAAAGUCGCUGGAAAAUGUGGUCAAAGUGCUGGCUGCUGUUUUAAACCCUGGUUUUAAAUGCAGUAUUAUCUGUAUGAUCUUACAACAUAUACUUCUUGAUCUAUUGUUUGACAUUUCAGGUGCUGGACAAUACAAUUGAUAAGGUGGCUGCAGAGGUUCUUACAGAAGAGGAAUUAAAAGAAAGAGAACUUAAAAAAGAGGUUGGGUAUAGGGGACAAAUCCACCUAUUAAUGGUGUAUUUUCUUAUUCCAUGACUUCUUUUGUUCUUAACAACUUGAAUAUCUAAAAUUUAUUUUAAUAGGAGAUGUCUGAGGAAGUUAAAAAGAAAAAGGUUGAGGUGUUAACAGUUUCUUCAGAAAGGUAACGGAAUAAGAUUUACAACUGAGCAUGCAACAGAAGUGAAUUAUUUUUGUAUUACUAUAACCAUUAGUCUUCAGGGCCCAGUUGUUUGAAGGCCGAUUAGCGCUAACCCAGGGUUAAAUUUUAACCCAGGUUUCUUUUUCUUUUUUUCAAAAGCAUUUUUCAGGCUAAUUUUCUCGAUUCUUUUUAGAGCAUCAAAUCAUCAGAUUGUGGAAAAAAAGAAUAAAACUGAAUUUGUUUCUUAAGAUUUCAUAUCUAAAUUGAAAUUUUUGUACUAACCCUGGGUUAACUUAACCCUGCUUUGAACAACCCAGCCCUGGUGGUAUGAGAGACUUGGCCAGGAAUAUAGCUUUAACUAUUAUCAGCUACUAGGUACAUACUACAAUAACUUCUUAUGUCCAUUGUUAUUGUACAUGUAACACCAGUCCUGUUGAUUGAGUGUUUGGAACAUACCUUUGUUGAUUUUUGAUUGACUUGUUGACAUUUUUACAGUGAUAGUGACUCAGAUGAUAGCAUUGACCUGGAUUUUUUGCUGUGGGAUGGAGUGGUAUGUUAUAUUGUAGUUUUAGUUUAAGAGAAGCAGUGGUGCAAAGAAACUCUACUAAGUUUUCCCACCCUAAAAAAUCCUAAGGACAAUGGUUUUGAAGCAGUUUGAUCCUGUUUCUUUGUUUCUCUUCCUGUUGAUGUGAACUUUGUUUAAAGGUAUAUGUGGGUUGCAAAUCAAUACCAAGGAAGGUUAUGACUGUGGUGUCAUUGGUGGUAUUAUUGACCCUCUCCCACAUGUAUUUCCCUUUGCAGGUACUGAGGCACAGUUUAUGUAAAAGAAAAAGAACAAUACAUCCAAAAAGUAGAGCCCAAGGGGAACUUUGUUUGUUUCCUCUGUUUCGUUUGUCAUGACAGUAGCUUCAGAAAGACCUAUUUUUUGUUAAUACUGGUCUGAAUUGCUGCCAUUUUGUAAUAUCUCUUUCAGCACUUUCAUUUGGACCACUGUUACAGUGUUGAGCAUGCUCGCAGUGGUCGUGCCAGGUGCAGAACUUGCUUUGCCCCUAUUGCUUUCAGGUGAUCAUAUUAUUCCUAGGAUAUUUCCUUGCACAUUAUAAUGUCACAAUGACUAUCAACUCAAAGUUUGAAUAUAACUAGUGUGGCCAUGAAAGGUUAUUCUUGAGUUUUUACUAUCUGCAACUUUUUUGGGAUUGAUAAUGGUUGCCAAAGCUUAAUGCACCCUGUUUAUAUUAGUUUAGUAUAUCUCACAAUGUGGUUUUAGCUACAAUACUUUGGUGACAAAUGCUUUUUGUUUACGUUUUUGGCAUCUCUCAAACUUUUAGAUGGCUUCAAUGAAAAUGAAAAUUUGUACAGGACUUUUGUACUCUAUGACACGUGUAAAAAAAAGCCUACAGAAAAUACAUGUAUUCAAAAACAUUUCUGAAAUUCAUUACUUAAAUCAUUAUAAUAAAGUUCACAUAUAACGCCCACUCUGAUUGGUUGAUAAAGGGUGCUUUAUGAGAGUAUCAAACAUGGAGAUAGUUUGUAUUGAAAAUUAGAAAGUAAUGCGUGGGGAAUUUAAUGGAUUCUUUAUCAUGAAACAAAUAAAGAAACCUUGACUGUUCCCUGUUCUUUUGUAGAGCACUUAGAAAGACUGGCUAGAGCACCCAAGAAGCACUACAUCUUGUGUUUUCCCCUACACUUCUUUUGUGCUCUAGCCGCCUCAAUUUCCGUGUGCUUUAUAACAGAACAGAGCACAGUCAUGGCCUCCUUAUAAAAUUACUUUUAUGUAAUAUUAUUUCUAAAUCUCUCUAUUAUUGAAAUAAUGGAGAGAUUUAGAGUCACAUUUACAGCAAACCAAAAACGUGAAUUUCUACCAUGUUUAUUUUUCUUACACUGUUCAUUACUUCUACCCCCAAUUUAUAGUAGCUUCAUGUUAGUCUCAUCCAUAAUUGUGUCUUUUUUCAUGUGUGAAAGACAUCGUUUGCUCCUCUGAUUGGCUAGAGCUCAUUUGUGUAAGAAAAUUUACGUCAUAGCAUGACAGUAUGUAUAUAAUAAAUACUAAUACUACAACAUAACAAUAAAGGUCGGAACUCACUAAGUGACAAGUUGCAGCAACCCACUCUGGCAACACAUUGCAGCAACAUAUCGUGUGUUCUGGAGAAGUUAUGUGGAAAUUGUUGUCUCAGCAACAGAAUUUUGUCGCUGCAACAAGUCGCACAAAAUCAAGUCAGACUGAAUUGGUGCAACUUGCUGCAGCGACAAAAUUCCCCAGUUCACACGAAGCAAUUUGUCCCUCCAAUGUGUCAUGCAACUUUUUGGAGCAACUUAUCGGCUGACCUGUACACACAGACUGAUUUGUCACUGCGACCUGUUGCAGCACAUGUUGCCUAGUGUGUUCCCACCUUAAGUAAUUGCAGUGGCAUAAAAUGUGAUUUAUUGUUUAGAUCUCUUCGAUGGAUUGUUGACUUCAAAACAAGAUGGGAGCAUUUACCACAAACCCACUUUCAUCAUUUGGAAUGUUUUUUACCUCCACCUUCUAUCACAUAUGAUUAUGUAAGUAAUUAAAAUAAUUGUUGAUAUAAAUUUAAAAUUAUUGUCUUCUGCUUAUGCCCUAAUGUGAGUCUGUAAAAUUUUUAGUAUCAGGAAUAAACACUAUCACAGUGCUCAACUUAAAUGUAUAGUCUGAGCAUUUUUGUCCAAAUUGUGACCAAAUAUGGCUCAACCAGCUUCAAACUGGAUUUUUUGGCAAACUUUUCACAGGGUUUGAACACGUCUUGAAAACCCUGAAUUUUUAGUGUCCUUUUUCAAGGCCUUGAAAGUCCUUGAAUUUUAAUUGACAAACAUUUUCAAACCACCAAAAAACAGAAUAAAAUUGGCUUUGAGGAAAUGAAGGUCAGGCAUGGAUGGCUCGUGAUUCAUAAGGCUGAGGUCUAAGAUGGUUACCAGUGCCUUUGCAUUAUAAAAAUGGUUGGCCUUAAGAACAAAAGCCCAUUAUUAUUUGGAACAUUUUCAUAGUUUAUUUGGAACCUGCGUAAUAAAUUACGUCCUUGCAAUUUAAAAAUCUGGUCCUUGAUAGUCCUUGAAUUUGGUGUAAGAAGAAGUGUAGGAGCACUGUUUUCAGGGGGAAAUGGUUUAAAAACAGUCAAGCACAGAAGAGAAUUAAAUGCAAAUGUGGUGUGCUUUUUUGUAGAUUUUAUCUUUUCUUUUCAUUCUCGGUAGGGUAAGGGUAAUUUAACGUAGGUUUUUCCAUUUUCCUUGAUAGUAAAUACCAUAUAUAUUUUGAUACAUUUAACUCUGCAGCUUGCCUUCUCACCCCAACUGUCAAGAGAAGAGAAGAGACAAGUGAGGGACAUGAUGGAAGCACGCUAAGUAUUUUAACAUUGCUUUGCCUUUUAUAGGCAAAAAUCCAAAUUUUUCCUAAUUAGCUAAAGGUAACUGUUACCAUGUUUUUUCUGCCACUUUACCAAAAAAAAUAAAAACUUUUUGCAAGGAAGAAAUCUGCAACUGCCAGAAAUAGCUUGUUCAAAAUAUUUUCUUGCAAUUUAUGGUCAUUAUGUUGUAUGUAUUGCUUUCAUUCAUACCAAAAACUUAAAGUUUUAAAAUUUGCCUUUCAAUGCAAAAUAUAUAAGUAAUUAUUUCAAUCAAUCUCUUCAUAUAAAUGGAUUGCAAAAGCACAAUAAUAUUUCCC